AUUGGCCAAUGGUGAGACUGCAUUAGUCUACUGGUGCAUCUGACCUUUUUUUUUUUUUUUUAAUUUUUUUUGCAUCUGACCUUUGAUUGAUUGAGAUUUAUAGAGGAUUUGGCAGGCCAUGGUGACCAACCAUCAAGAGAACUAUCAAUAAUGAAAAGUGAAUAAAGCCAUUCUUGUCAAUUUGGGCAUAAAUUAUUUGAUUAGAACAGUCCAUUGUGAGGAUUGUUCUAUAUAGUUGAGCCAAAAUGAAACAUGAUUUCACUACACUUGCAGUAAAAGCAAGCAUCUGUAGUGGUAGAGAGGACAAAUUAACAAUGGUUCCAUGUUUCACCAUUUUCACCAUUAUCUUUCUCCUCCCACUCUCUGCCAUAGCCUCACCUCAACAGAAUUACCAUCCACUCAACUCCCUCUCUUUGUUCGAGCUCCAACGAGUUCAAACGAUACUCAAAGCUCAAAUUCCCCACAAGAACUUGUCCUUACACUAUGUAGGCUUGGAUGAGUCAAACAAGCCACUAGUCCUCUCUUGGCUAUCUAGCCGUUCCUCCUCCUCGUCCUCCUCCUCCACCGUGCCACCCCGCCUGGCUUACAUCAUUGCCAGAGCUGACGGGAGAACCCGUGAGAUCACCGUUGACUUAUCCGCCAAUUCCAUCACUUCCAACAAAAUAUACCAUGGCCAUGGCUACCCUAUCCUUUCUAUUCAAGAACAAGAAGCGGCUAAUAGUUUGCCACAAACUUAUGCACCAUUUAUAGCUUCUGUUCAGAAGAGAGGGCUGAAAUUGGAACACGUGUUGUGUGAAAGCUCCACCGUUGGAUGGUAUGGGGAGACGAGGGAGAACAAGAGAGUGGUCAAAGUUGUGUGCUAUUACUUGGAUGGCACAGUCAACUUCUUUAUGAGACCAAUUGAGGGCAUUGUUGUGACCGUUGAUCUUGAUGUGAUGAAAAUUGUUGGGUACCUUGACCGGAUGAGGGUUCCCGUGCCAAAAUCCGAGGGAACUGACUAUAGGGAAUCAAACACGAGACCUCUAUAUGAUUCACACAUAAAUGGAUUUAGAAUGUUCCAACCAGAUGGACCUAGCUUCUCUAUAGAUGGACAAGAAGUGAGGUGGGCAGAUUGGAAGUUUCACGUGUCUUUUGACAUGAGGGCAGGUCUGAUAAUAUCAUUAGCGACUGUCUAUGAUCAUGAAAAAGGCGAACACAGGAGUGUUAUGUACAGAGGUUUUGUGUCUGAGGUUUUUGUGCCCUACAUGGACUUAAGUGAAGGGUGGUACUUCAGAACUUUUCUUGAUUCCGGGGAAUAUGGAUUCGGGUUAUGUGCUGUAGAGCUGCAGCCAUUAAGGGACUGCCCAGAAAACGCAAAGUUCAUGGAUGGAUACUUCACUAAUCAAGAUGGAACUCCCGGGAAACAGAAGAAUGUGAUCUGUAUAUUCGAACGCUAUGCUGGAAAUGUCAUGUGGCGCCACACAGAAACAGGAAUUGCGGGGGAAAAGAUAAGAGAAGUCAGGCCAGAAGUGAGCCUAGUGGUGAGAAUGGUGUCAGCUGUGGGAAACUAUGACUACAUUAUAGAUUGGGAGUUUAAACAAACUGGGAUCAUUGAAGUUAAUGUUGGGUUGAGUGGCAUACUUGAAGUAAGGGGAUCUGCAUACACUCACAAAGAUCAGAUACAGAAUACUGAAGCCUAUGGCACUCUUCUAGCCGAAAACACAAUAGGGUCGCGCCAUGAUCAUUUCCUUAGCUUCUACCUGGAUCUCGAUGUGGAUGGUCACACCAAUUCAUUUGUUAAAAACACGUUGAAAACAACUCGAGCAAGCAACAUGGUAUUGCCUAGGAAAAGCUACUGGACUGUUGUUAGGGAAACAGCCGAGAAAGAGUCUGAUGCAAGGAUUCAGCUAGGCUCAAGUGCAGCUGAGCUGCUGAUUGUGAAUCCUAGCAAAAAGACUAAAAUGGGGAACGAAGUUGGCUACCGUUUGAUCCCUAGAUCCCCGGCAGGCCCUUUGUUAUCAGACAACGACUACCCACAGAUUCGGGGGGCUUUCACUAAGUAUAACGUGUGGGUGACACCUUACAACAAAAGCGAGAAAUGGGCUGGUGGACAGUUUGCUGAUCAAAACCGAGGCGAUGAUGGUUUAGCUGUUUGGAGCCUCAGGAACAGGAAAAUAGAGAAGAAAGAUAUCGUGUUGUGGUACACAGUGGGAUUUCACCAUGUUCCAUGCCAAGAAGAUUUCCCCGUCAUGCCAACACUUAGCAAUGGAUUCGAGCUUAGACCAUCCAAUUUCUUCGAGUAUAAUCCAGUGCUCAAAACAAAGCCUCCCAAACAGUAAGAGCGAUCGAGUCAACCACUACUUUAAUAAUACAUAUGGGACUGAAGAUCGAACUUCAAGACUUCCCAAUCUCAUAGCCACUCACAAUUGAGUGUACAUGUGUAUGUGACUAUUUGCUGGCAUAAACAUGAAUAAGAAGUGUGUGUUACUCUAGAUGAUAAAAUAAGAUGACAGCAAGCAUAAAAGUGUUCUUAGCUCCCAAUGCAAGAAAAGUCUCUGAAUCUAUCCUUUUCUCUGGUUUUUUAAAACCAUUACAGCUAAUGAAUUGAUGGUGGCUCAACCACUAUUUGUUAA